AUGCCGUCGGAAGCGCUGCCCUCCUCCAACGAACGCGAUUUCAUUCUCUCGGCCCUCUCGCAGAACAUCCGUAUCGAUGGCCGUCAAUUCGACCAAUUCCGCCCCAUUGAUCUCGCGUUCGGCGACAACUACGGCCAAGCAGACGUGCGCAUAGGCAAAACGCGAGUGCUCGUGAACAUUUCUGCAGAAGUCGUCGUUCCUUAUGUAGACCGAAAGUUCGAUGGAGUCUUCACCAUUAGCACCGAGUUGAGUCCCAUUGCGAGCCCGGCCUUCGAAGUUGGACGUCAAGACCAGACUGAAAUCAUCCUGAGUCGCAUUCUCGAAAAGACGAUCCGCAGAUCGGGAGCCUUGGAUACAGAGAGUUUGUGCAUUGUGGCUGGACAGAAAUGCUUCCACAUCCGCGCAGACAUCCACGUGUUGGAUCACGACGGCAAUCUGGUGGAUGCGAGCUGUCUGGCACUGGUCGCGGCUCUCAUGCACUUUAGACGACCCGAUGUGGAGGUUCACGGAGAGGAAGUCACAGUUUUCAGCGUGCGAGAGCGCGAGCCGGUGAGGUUGUCCAUGCAACAUCAGCCCUUUUGCGUGACCAUGAGCUACUACGAGGGCGGCGAGAUCGUGUUGCAGGAUGCGACGCUGUUAGAGGAGCACGUCCGGGAGGGUGAGAUUGUGAUAAGCAUCAACCGCUUUGGGGAGGUCUGUCAGAUCGCAAAGUACGGAGGCACGCCAGUGGAUGGCAUGAGCAUGCUGUCAUGCACGAAUGCUGCUUUGGAGAAGGCGAAGAUGCUGGAUAAGUUGGUGAAGGCCAAAUUGGAGGAAGAUGAGAAGAUGAGAUAUCCUGGUGGACUGAUGGCGGAGCUCAGUGCUGAGAACGAUCGCGUGCAGGAGAAGCCUGUGGGAUGAGACGCAUGGGAGAUGACUGCUCCUCUCAGCAUACUCAUCCACGCCGAAGUGGCGACACGAUACCAUCCGAUCUGAAAGCACACUUCGUACAGGAAGGUAGGGAGACCGCUGGACCACGUAGACCAAUGCGUCCAGAGGGCCAUCCACGAGCGGUGCCUGACGGCGAGCUGAAAAACAGCGCCGCUAGACACAGAUGGCAGCCGCUUCAAUUAACAUAUCCAAACGAAGCAGGGUAUAAAAUAGCAGUGACAGGAGUAUCAUCUGUCAACCAUGUGGUGAAUGUAGGUAUGCAUGGAUUUAACAGUAAGGCACCACUAGACCGAUGCACGGAAG